AUGGCAGACGAUAUCUCACGGCAAAACCAUGACCGGAUCGAGAUCGAGGCCGAAAAGGAACGGAGUGAAAAUGUCGAACACAUUGCUUCACCGCAGCAAGAUGGGAUGCCCCGGAUGGAUCCAGCUCGGCGGAUAGUCGUCGAGAAGAAGCUCAAGCGUAAGCUUGAUGCCCGGUGCAGCCUUUUUGUUGCUAUCUACAUUCUGAAUUACCUCGAUAGAAAUAACAUGGCUGCUGCUCGUCUCAAGGGAUUGCAGGAAGAUCUCAAUCUGAGCAACACGGAGUACUCCACAUGUCUCAGUAUCCUCUACGUCGGGUACAUCAUCAUGCAGGUACCUUCCAAUAUGUUUAUCAACCGCAUCAGUCGCCCCUCGCUCUACAUUGCUGUGGCUAUGUUAUUGUGGGGUGUUAUCUCGACCUUGUCUGGCAACACAAAGAACUUUGGUGACAUGGUGGGUGUCCGCUUCUUGCUGGGUUUCGUCGAGGCAGCCUUCCUGCCAGGAGCCCUGCUCAUCCUCUCCAAGUGGUACACCCGCCGGGAACUCACAACUCGGAAUGCCAUUCUGUUCUGUGGUAAUCUCAUCUCCAAUGCAUUCUCUGCACUCGUUGGUGCCGGUGUCCUAUCCAACAUGCAAGGCGUUCUGGGCCACGCCGCGUGGCGCUGGCUCUUCUGGAUCGAGGGCUCUGCUACUAUGUUCAUUGCUAUCCUUGCUGCGUUCAUAUUGCCUGAUUUGCCGCACAAUGCCCGUGGCUUCACCGAGGAAGAGCGUCAAGUUGCCCAACUUCGCAUGCUCGAGGAUGUGGGCGAGGCUGACACCGAUAGUGAAGAGCUCGGUGCGUUUGGAGGGCUCAUGCUUGCUCUGCGUGAUCCAAAAAUCUAUGUAAUGAUGUUUACUUUUGUUGCCUAUGUGGUGGGUCUCAGCUUCAAUGCUUUCUUCCCUACCCUUACUGGUACUCUCGGGUUCGAAUAUGUCCCGACAUUGCUCAUGAGCGCUCCGCCUUGGGUUUUUGCCUGUAUUUUCUCUGUCAUCAACGCAUGGCACGCGGAUAAAACACAAGAAAAGGUCUGGCACAUCAUUGGCCCUAUAGGCAUGGGAGUAGUUGGUUUCGUCAUUUGCAUGGCCACAAACAAUGUCGCAGCUCGCUACGUCGCACUAUUCCUGCAGGCGGGCUCCUAUGCAGGAUUUAUCGUAUUCUACUCAUGGAUCAGUUCCUCAUUCCCGCGUCCUCCCGCCAAGCGAGCGGUUGCCAUUGCCAUGAUCAAUGCAUUCAGUCAGUUGGGCAAUGUCGCUGGCUCGUACGUCUGGGACUUGUCAGACAACGGGUAUCGCUCUAGUUACGGAAUUGUGCUGGCCAUGUUCGGUGUCACGGUCGGUGGAUGCUGGUAUUUCCGCUCGAUGCUGAUCAGCUUGAACCAACAGCUCGAGGAGGGUGAGCUUGCCGAUCAUGCUAGAGGGGAGCCGGCGGAGAAUGAUAUCCUCGAUAGCCCAGAUGAGUCGUUGCGUAUGCGCAAGGGUUUCAGAUAUCUGGUUUAA